AUGGCGUCCCCACUCUCCCGACCGUCAAUAUGCGGCCUCCAAGCGGCCCUCUCCUCCUGCCGCAUCUCGACAACCACCACAACGACGACCAAGACCCUAACGAACACAACCCGUACAUCACCAUGGCGGCGCCCAUUCAGCAGCACCCCGCGCCCCUCCCAAAUGGGCCCCGUCCCGCCGGAAUCCCCCCGCUUCAUCACCAUCCCGGAACCCCCCCAAUCCUCUGAGCCCAAGCUCCCCCCCAUCAAAGGCCACCUCCCCAUCCCGCGCGACAUGUUCCCCAAGCGCGAGGGCGACCGCAAAAUCAAGCGCGGCUACCUCCGAGCCGUCACGCGGGUAUCCAAGGCCGAGCGGGCCGGCCUGGCACCCAAAUCCGACGAGGAGGCCCGGCACCGGGUGCUCGCGGCGGCGCGGCGCAGCGCGCUGGCGUCGGGCGUGCACGGGCUGUACGAGCGCAAGGUGGAGCGGCAGAAGCGCGCCACGGAGCGGUCGGAGCGGCGGCGGCAGGCCAACUUGGCCGCGGCGACGGCGCCCGAGCGCCUGGACGACGUGCUCACGCGGCCGACGGUGCGGGCGGCCACGGCGCUGGUGACGCGCGUGGAGGCGGACCCGGAGCGGUUCGAGAAGGCCGAGGCGGCCCGCGCGCAGCACCAGGAGCGGAUGGCCGUCAAGGCGGAGGCGCGGCGGGAUGCGCUUGCGCAGCUGUAUGUGGCGGCGCAGCGGUUUAUCAUUGAUGAGGCGGAGCUGGAGGCGCGGAUUGAGGCCAUCUUUACGGCGGAUCACCACCGUAUUGGCGGUAGGGACCGCGGGCAGAGCAUCUGGGACUUGGACUCGGCGCCCGUCAGCGUGGCGGACCUGCAGGCUGCCAUGUCGGGCUUGUCCAGCAAGGCCAUCGAAGGCCAUACUUCGAACGCGGUCAAGACUACCAAGAGGCAGAAGUCCGUGGCGGAGGAGCUGACGGGUGGCAAGUUGUAA